AUGACUGUUCAUCUUGCGAAAUCACCGACGCUUGCAAUAAUGCAGGGUCGCGUCUAUGUGCGUAAUAAGGUCCUCGAAGCUCAUCCAAGGAAGCCGGAGCUGAAUAUUUACCUCGCACAUUGUGAGGGUCGACCCUUUGUUGUGAAGCCUGUUCCCAAGUCAAUAUUUGAACAUUGCAUGCUCCUCAAAAGGGAGUUUCCAGAUGCUUGGCAACUCCGAACACAUGUGGAUGCCAACGAAGAUGAACUCACCCUUGUUUAUGAUUACUUUGAGCAUGACUUGCUUUCUCUAGUACAGAACAACUCAAAUUUAUCUCUCAAAGCAAGAAAAUUCGUAUUGCAACAGGUCGGACAGGCA